AACUCUUCAUCUAACAACGUUAGCCCCACUCUCACCUGCCUUUCCAUCGACCAGUUGUCUGGACACCUUACCAUGUUGGCCGUCACCCGGUUGUCCAAUUCCUCAUCACAAGUCGACGGGAAUCACUAGGAUGAUUGAGACAUCCACCGAUGAUCUAUUCGAGUGAUCAUGCUAUGCGCUAUGAUACUCACCCGGGAGACACAUAAAUAGCCCAGUCUAUAUUCUAAGAUGUCGUUCUUUGUCUGGUACCACCCUCAACAAAACUCUCCCCUAACGCUGCUUCAGCCUGGUGCUGAAGCUUUGUAUAUUCACGAUCCUUUCUCACGACUCACGACCCGCGAUUUGCCUUCGACGCCAUUUCAGCUCUGAAGGCUACCGUUGACGAUAGAAGACUUGUACUGAAAGAAAAUGCAGUUGAAGGCGUUUCUCGCUACUGGUCUCGUCCCCGUUGCUCUCGUUCAUGGUCUUCCGUAUGUGGGACGAUCCAACCCUGGCUACAGUGGAUGAUUUCCUGAAUAACAUAUCAAAUGAUUUCAACUCUGUCUUGGACUCUCUCAACCAAAGACUGACGCAAGCUCAUGCAAUGCAGCAGAUGAAUAGCAUUCUUUCGCAGGCCCCACCAGGAGUCGGAGCAGCUAUCGUCACCUCGAACGGUAUCCCCCAGAUCCAGCUCACCUCUAUGAACGGUCCAGCCAUCACUUUGGCUACAGGAUCAGGAGCGGUAACGACGACAUUUGCCGGAAUGACUUUCACGAUCGCCACUCCCUCAAGUACGACCGCUCCUGUUACGACAUCGACAUCGACGCCUGCCUCUUCAUCUUCCGGAUCUUCGUCUGCGUCGACCAGCUCAACAUCGUCAUCGUCAUCGUUAAUUUCGUCAGCAUCUUCGACAAGUGCAUCCCUCUCGUCCGCUACCUCAACUGCCCCUGCCUCGACAUCUACAUCGAGCUCAUCGAGUGCGUCGGAUAGCUCCUCUAUGUCGACAUCAACGGAUUCCUCCGCCUCAGCGACAGCCUCGCCUCAAAACCUGAACGUUGAAUCCAAUGACGCUUCGGCACCGGGAUACAAUAUGGUCGUACCUGCUCUCAGUGCAAUAGCCGGCGUCCUUGCUGGAGGUUUUCUCGUUCUUUAAAAUGCAGAGACACGGUUGAUGGUGACCGCGACCUACUUAUCGCUGGAAGACGGGAAGGAUACAGGAGAUGUUGUGAGAUACAGGAACAAUUGUGCACAGUGUUGUCAUACGAGCUGCAUCAUCUGCGGUUGUGAAUAUCAUCCCAUUGCGUUGUGGGAGUAUUUGCUAUGUCAUUGAACAAGUUUGCUGAAGCGAAAACUAGCGAUGAGUAUAUCUGAACACAUUGAGCAUACGGCCCCAGAUAGUGUAACGUUUAUAUAUGUGCAAUAAUGACGUCCAAAUUCUCCUCUUUCC